AUGAUACUAAUCCUGCUUCUCCUCACUAUCUUUUUCUCCCUGUCAUCUUCUACUCCAACCAACACAACCCACAAACCACCAUCCCAACUUCACCAUUUCGAAAUCAACCAUCCCGAUGGAAUCAAUGCGAUUUUUGACCUUUUGCCAAAGGUGUGCAAGAAAAACGGGAAAUCCUACAAAGUUGGCGAAGAGUUCGACGUGGGAAACCUCCGUUACACUUGUCAGGAAUUCGGUGUCUACGUGAUUGCCGGAUGUCGGACACACACUGGAAAACCACUGAAACUCGGAGAUAUCGAAGUGAUUGAUCACGUGAAAUUCCAUUGUUUGGCUCAUGGAACAUCUGUUUAUUAUCGAGAGACUGCGUGUGGACAGAAGGGAGAAGUCGAUUGUGAUAAGGUUCCGUUGCCACGUGGGUAUGAGCAGGCUGUGCAGAAUGAGCACAUCGAAACAACUGAAAAACCACCAACCCAUCUGACUCAUGUGAAUGGGAAAGAGCUACCAAAAGGAUGGGUUCUCAUUCACGGAGGAACAAAAGAAUCAGAGAAUUCGAAUGAUACUCUGUCUACUCAUAUUCUUAUGUAUCAUCCACAACUCCAUCAUUCUGCAAAACAUGUUAAUUGA